CUCUUUCCGCUCUUCUUCAUCUUUAAGGUAUGUCCGUUCUCACGCGAUCAACGCUGUCACCAACUCGGCCAUCCGUUCUGUUGAAGAUUUUUGCAUCUGAAUGUCCUGCCGUCUUCAUACUUCCGCAAUAUGUGUUGCUCAAAUUUAUUGGGAAAAAAAAAGCCAGUAUCGCUGCAAAGAAGCUUCGCUGUGGUUCCACGGCCACACAAUUUCGGCUUCAUUGUUCGCUGCCGACUAUGGUCAUGUCGAGGUGACAUAUUAUUGGAAGGACGACGGCCAUAACCUUGGAGGAAUGCUUACUGGCUCCUUCAACCCCAGCCUUCUAGAUCGAUUAUAUGACGAGCAGGUACAAUACAACUUUACUGGGCUCAAAUGAAUGAGAUGCUUCGUAUAAACAACGCUACGUUGACGAAGGUAAAUAAUCUUCCAUGUGAUUUUGAAUGAUGAGUUCUUGUCUCAUAAAGCUUUUCGAUCGGCUACACGCACGCUACAACUUGAUACGACGAACCUGGAAGAAGAAAUUACAGCUUAAAAUGUCCAUGUGAGCUU